AAGACUUUUUAUAAUGUUUUCACGGAAAGAAUGUUACCUAAUUUACUAGUGAUUUUGAGAAAAUUUAUCGCUGAAUUAACAUGUUUAUUCAUUUGAAUAUCGGGAUGAUGUUUAUCUUUUAAAGGCACUUUAUAAUCACAAUGAAGUCAAUUUAUAUAGUUGUUGUCCUGUUAUUUUACCAAAAUGUUGUCCUCGCUCAAGAGCAGUGCCCCGCCAUCUACAGGCGAUUUCACAAACAGCAUGUUGGAUGCUUACCCAGGAAAAGUACUUGUCGAUUUGUGAAAAUUGGCAUAGCAGAUACAUACAGAACAAGUCAAGAAAUCUUAAAAAUCAUCAACGAAUACCGAAGCAAAGUGGCCAUGGGGGAGGAAAAGGGGGCCGGAGGUAUGCCGCCAGCAGCGGACAUGAUUGAAGUAACAUGGGAUGAGGAACUGGCAUAUUUGGCUCAAAAAUGGACUGAGCAAUGUCACUAUAACCACGAAUGUUGGGAAUGUCGGUUGUCAAGAUCCUAUGUGGUAUCACAAGUCUUGGCUGAAAUUCCAUAUUAUUGCGUUGGAAUAACGAAAAAAACAGAUGAAUGUCACGUGGAAAAAGAAAACUGGAGCCAAGCAAUCGCCGAAUUUUAUGAUGAAAUCAGCGUUUUUAAUAAAAAGCUCAUAAAAUCUAUGGAGUUUAGCCGAGAUUGGGGACAUUUUGUAGGGAUUAAUUGGGCAGAAGUAUUUAGAGUUGGUUGUGGUUACGUGAUUUGGAGAGUACCGAAGUCAUACUUAGCAAAUCAUUAUUAUGCGUGCGACAUAGCCCCUGCGCCUAAUAUGAGAGGUGGCCGAAUGUACAUAGAAGGACCCACUUGUUCACAGUGCCCCAUCAACUCAUGCUGUGGAGGCGCAACCUGCAAGUCUGGACAGGGGUACCGAGGACUCUGUCAUCUCUACAACUUCCCGCCUCUUUAUCUGCCACCAAAACAACCGUUCCGGUUCCGUUGCGCUUUUAUGAGGGGAGAUCCCAGCUGCCAUUACAGUUCAAGAGAUUCACAGAAAUGGGAAUAUGUUCAGACCAUUGGUGGUAACUUCUUAGCCAUUGUUCUCAGCAGUGGAGAGAGUGCGAGUGUCCGCUUCUACUCAUGGAUACAAAUCAGGCGUGUUUCAUGUCUGCUCAUAAAUUAUCACAAGGGUCCAAAUGUACACGGUGAACCAGGUGACAGUACACUUGAAGCCAUUUUGGAAAUUAAUGGUAAAAUGGAGAGACUACCGCUUAAUACUAGGAAUCAUUGGGAAUAUAAUCUGGCAUCCUAUCAUUUAAUGUAUGAUGGAUAUGCAAUGCUUGAACUCAAGUUCAGUGUGAUUCCUGGUUCUUAUCCGCAGUAUUUGGAAAUCAAGGAGAUCAAAAUUACUGCCCAGCCCUGCGGAGCACCAGAAUGUGUCUGUCAGAAAUAAAAUAAAAAACAUUGUUUCAAAUUUUGCUGACAUUGGAUAUUAUCAAAUCUUUUACGCCUUUAAAGCAUCU